AUGUCCAGCGGCAAGGCUGUUGGGAAGCGCUCUGCUUCUGUGGCUCACCUGGCUCCUUGGCAGCCUGCCUGGCUGGAAGCGGAGCCGCGUUUCACCCACUUUCUGGAUCUGCGCCUGGAGCGCUCGCAGCGCACGGAGCGGCUGGACACACUGUUCGGCUUCGAGCGGCCCACGGAGCGUGGCGAGCGCACGGGCUGGCUCAUCAACAUGCACCCGGUGAUGGUGGUGAGGAACGGGCACCUCGGCACCACGCACCGUGCGCUGCAGCUCCUCGUCCUGCUUUACUUGGUCAGUGAGUCCCUGGCGAAGAUGGCACCACAGUUCCCCAUCCUUAUCAAGAGGAACACCCACUUCCCCUGCUUCGGCUUCUCCAAGGGCAACAUUCAAGCUGCUGAGAGCAGUUACUUGAAAAGCUGCACCUUCAACACCACCUCUGCCCUUUGCUGCCCCAUCUUCAUGGAGCAGGCGGGAGAGAACUUAAGGGAGCUGGCAGAGAAGGGUGGGGUGGUCAUCAACUGGAACUGUAACCUGGGCCUGCCUGAAACUGACUGCAACCCCCACUACUCCUUCCACCGCCCCGAUCCCAAGACCACUGUCCCAGGCAGUGGCACUUGCAGUCCUGCAUCCUCCUCCUGCCCUCCCUGGUCCUGCUGUGGCUGGUCCCCAUCACUGGGCCCUUCUACCUGUCUCCCCAGGAGGUCUGCGAAGUAUUAUAAAUGGAACAGGACCCACACACGAGUGUUGAUCAAGGCCUGUGGGAUCCAUAUUGAUGUCAUCGUGCAGGGCCAGGCAGGGAAGUUUAGCCCGAUCCCCACUGUCAUCAACCUGGCCGUGGCUCUGACCUCGCUGGGAAUGGGCUCCUUCCUCUGGGACUGGAUCCUGCUGAGCUGCAUGAACAAGGACCAGGUGUACAGCAGCAGGAAAUUUGAGCAGGCACCACCCUAGAUCCUGGCCCUGGAGGUUUGGUCCUCUGGGACAGAGCAGUGGCCACGCUGCCAGCAAGGCAGGGCAGGGUGCCUGGGCACGGCUGCAGGGUGGGCAGCAGCAUGUGGCUGGGGCUGCCAGGGCAUCUGGCCCCUCCAGCCAUCUCUCACCCCCGCGGCAGGCGGAAGGUGCCUCAGAGGCUGCUCCACGACAUACAGCACCUCAGGGCUCUCCAGCCUCCAGAGAGUCUGUCCCGCAGGGACCGACCGCUUGUCCCUCCCCCACCACGUACAACCACAGCUGGAAGGAGCCACUGUGCCAGGCAGCAAUAACACUUCCUCCGUCCGGGCCCUGCUCGACUCUGAGCUACCUGCUUUUCCCACGCGAUGAUCCCUGUGCCUGGCCAGGAUGCACCGGGCACCUUGCCGGCUGCUGCUGCUGGCCACCAAGAGCCAC